AACAGUAUGAAUAACAAACAAAAAACUAGAAAAAAUUUAAAAGUUAAUUAUUUCAGGGAGAAGUAAAAAUGGUUUGGACUCCGGGACCAAUUUUUCAAGAUGCUUGUGAUUUCGGUGAAAAAUGUACAACAUGUCCAUCGCCAACUGUAAUGUUCAUAGCAAUUCUCUCGGUAAUGUUCGGAAAUUCUAGAGAUAAAAAAUCAUCACGUAAAAUACCGGAAGAAUUGGAUUUCAUUGUUGUCGGUGCUGGUUCUGCGGGAUGUGUUGUUGCCAAUCGAUUAACGGAAAAUAAAAAUUGGAAGGUCCUUCUAUUGGAAGCUGGCGGCGAAGAAUUGAGAAUUAACGAAAUACCAUCGACUAAUUACAUAUUACAAGGCAGCAGUGUUGAUUGGAAUUAUAGAACCGUACCCGAUGAAAAUUCAUGUCGUGCUGAUAAUGGAUGCACCAUGCCACGUGGAAAAGGAAUGGGAGGCACGAGUUCCUUAAACGGAAUGUUGUACGUCAGAGGAUCUCCUCUUGACUUUGAUGAAUGGGCAAAACUAGGCAACAAAGGCUGGAGUUUCAAAGAAGUCUUGCCCUAUUUUAAGAAAUCCGAAAAUAAUCUCGAUGACAAUAUUGUCAAGGCAAAUCCACAUUAUCACAGCAAAGGCGGUUAUCAAUCAGUCGAAACGCUUGCGUACAAUGAAACAAAUGCACGAAUAAUAACAAAAGCCUGGCAAGAAUUAGGCUACGACUACAUAGACGUAAAUGCCGAUAAGCAAAUUGGCGUUAUGAAUCUCCAAACAACGACAUUUAACGGACAACGACAUAGCACGAAUGUUGCUUUCAUUCGCCCGAUUAGAAAUAAGCGGCAAAAUUUAUUCAUCGAAACCGAGGCUUUCGUCACAAAAAUCAAAAUAAAUCCAAAAACGAAAAGAGCUGUCGGCGUUGAAUACACAAAUAAAGAGGGAAAACGAAAAACAGUAAUUGCCCGAAAAGAAGUAAUUAUAUCAGCCGGAGCAGUCGAUUCGCCAAAAUUAUUAAUGCUCUCCGGAAUCGGACCCGAGGAAGAAUUAAAAAAGAACAAAAUAAAUGUUCUGAAAAAUCUAUCCGUUGGUCGAAAUUUACAAGAUCACGUCUCAAUAGAUGGUCUCAAUAUAAAACUAAAAAAGACUUCACAAAAGAAAAGUCUCAAGAAAAGAAUCGAAGAUAUACAACAAUAUUUAAAAAACCAAACCGGUCCACUUUCUGCCCUCGGACCUCUCGUAAGCACCGCCUUCGUGAAAACAAGUUUUGAAACCGUAAAAAAUAUUCCUGAUAUCGAAUACAAUUUUGUACCGUUUAACGAUACAAUUAUCGCUCUUCCAAAUUCUUACGAUACAAUAAAUGUUCAUCCAAUUCUACUAAUUCCAAAUAGUAGAGGAACGAUUACACUAAACGCAUCGGAUCCAAUUCAGGCAGCACCUGUUAUUCGUCAAAAUUUUUUCUCCAAGAGUCCCGAUCGUCAACGUCUCUUGGAAGGAAUAAGAAUUCUUCUUCAAUUAUUCAAGACAAAAGCAUUUCAGGACAAUGAAAUGACACUCAAUGAAAGACCUUGGCCACUUUGUAAACAAUUUCCAUUUAAUUCCGAUGAUUAUUGGUCGUGUAUAAUGACAUAUUACACGAAUACUGAUUAUCAUCCGGUGGGCACUUGUAAAAUGGGUCCAAAAUCCGAUAGGGAAGCUGUUGUCGAUCCAGAAUUACGUGUUUAUGGAAUAAAGAGUCUCAGAGUUGUUGAUGCCUCGAUAAUGCCAAUAAUUAUUCGCGGCAAUACCAAUGCAGCGACGAUUAUGAUUGCUGAAAAAGCUAGCGACAUGAUUAAAAACGAUUGGAAAUUGAAAAUAUUCUAAAAUCGAAAAUCUAAAGCAAAAUCUAAAAAGGGAUCGAAAUAUAAAACAAAAUAAAAAAGAAGGUU